GCGCCGGGCUGAGCCGCCGCGCCCCGGGCAUGGCACGGCAGGGCUCGGGGGCCAUGCUGGCCUCGGGGGGCCUGGGCUUCCCCCCGCAGAACGUGGCCCGCGUGGUGGUGUGGGAGUGGCUGAACGAGCACGGGCGCUGGCGGCCCUACUCAGCCGCCGUGUGCCACCACAUCGAGAACGUGCUGAAGGAGGACGCCCGCGGCAGCGUGGUGCUGGGACAGGUCGAUGUCCAGCUGGCGCCCUACGUCAUUGACCUCCAGUCCAUGCAUCAGUUCCGGCAGGACACGGGGACCAUGCGCCCCGUCCGGAGGAACUUCUAUGACCCCUCCUCGGCGCCGGGGAAGGGAAUCGUGUGGGAGUGGGAGAACGACAACAACUCCUGGACCCCCUACGACAUGGACAUCUGCAUCACCAUCCAGAACGCCUACGAGAAGCAGCACCCCUGGCUGGACCUCUCCUCCCUGGGCUUCUGCUACCUCAUCUACUUCAGCAGCAUGUCCCAAAUGAACCGGCAGACGCAGCGCAAGCGGCGGCUGCGGCGCCGCAUGGACCUGGCCUACCCGCUCACCAUGGGCUCCAUCCCCAAAUCCCAGUCCUGGCCGGUGGGCGCCAGCACAGGCACCCCCUGCUCGUGCCCCCAGUGCCUGCUGGUCAACAGCACCCGCGCCGCCUCCAACGCCAUCCUGGCGUCCCAGCGCCGCAAGCUCUACCCCGGCGCCGUCCGCCAGAGCAGCACCUUCGCCGGGGGAGCGCUGUGGCCGGCGGGGACCGGGACACCGGCCGUGGUGGCGGGGGGCGCGGCCAAGGGGGAAGGGCUGCGGGUGGCCGGCGCGGGGUUCGGCCCCGGGCAGGGCGUGCCCAGCGCGGCGCUGCCCGGUCUCAACAACCUCAACCGGCCCGGCACGCAGCGCGGGGCUGGGCUGGGCGCCAGGGCUGCUGUGCCCCCCGGGGUCCCAGCGCUCCCGGUCAAGAACCUGAACGGCACCGGCCCCGUCCAUCCCGCCCUCGCAGGGAUGACGGGGAUCCUCAUGUGCGCCGCCGGGCUGCCCGUGUGCCUGACCCGCGCCCCCAAACCCAUCCUGCACCCCCCGCCCGUCAGCAAGAGCGACAUCAAACCUGUCCCCGGCGUCAACGGCAUCUGCAGGAAAACCAAAAAGAAGCAGCUCAAGAAGAGUAAAACCCCUGAGGACGUGGUGCGCCGCUACAUCCAGAAGGUGAAGAACCCCCCGGAUGAGGAUUGCACCAUCUGCAUGGAGCGGCUGGUCACCUCCUCUGGCUACGAGGGCGUGCUGAGCCCCAGAGGCAUCAAGCCGGAGCUGGUGGGCAAGCUGGGCAAGUGCGGGCACAUGUACCACCUGCUGUGCCUGCUGGCCAUGUACAACAACGGCAACAAGGACGGGAGCCUGCAGUGCCCCACCUGCAAGGCCAUUUACGGGGAGAAGACGGGCACGCAGCCCCCUGGGAAGAUGGAAUUCCACCUCAUCCCCCACUCCCUCCCGGGAUACACCGACUCCAAAACCAUCCGGAUCGUCUACGACAUCCCCACCGGCAUCCAGGGCCCGGAGCAUCCCAAUCCUGGCAAGAAAUUCACGGCACGAGGCUUCCCACGGCACUGCUACCUGCCCGACAACGAGAAGGGCAGGAAGGUGCUGAAGCUGCUGAUCGUGGCCUGGGACCGGCGGCUCAUCUUCACCAUCGGCACCUCCAACACCACGGGCGAGUCGGACACGGUGGUGUGGAACGAGAUCCACCACAAGACCGAGUUCGGCUCCAACCUGACGGGGCACGGCUACCCCGACCCCAACUACCUGGACAACGUCCUGGCCGAGCUGCUGGCCCAGGGCGUGUCCGAGGCCACCCUGAAGGACUGAGGCCGGGCUCGGGGCUCCCCUCGCCCCCGCGUCCCGCCCGUGCCGCCGCCGCCUGCGCCGCUUCACCGCAGCCCCGCCCGGCGGGCUCGUCCCCCGUCCCGGGCCACCCGGUGCCACCCACCGCGUGUCCCCGUGUGUGUCUGU